AUGGAUAGCUUUAAUACAGAAGCGUUCACACUGCUGGGGGUAGCCGUUGUCGUCAUUGGUCUACGAACGACUGCAAGAUGGAUUAUGGUUGGGCCAAGAGAGUUCCAAGCUGAUGAUUAUCUGAUGCUGGUGGCGGGUGUGGUGUAUGGACUAGAAACCGGUGCUGCGUACAUGGUCGGCGCGUGGUUCAUGGGCCUUGCCAAUAACUCGAUGACGGACGAACAGCGAAAAGAAUUGUCUCCUCAGUCGGAGGAGUAUCGUCUGCGUGUCGGUGGCUCCAAAGUCCAAGUGGCCGGCUGGUCAUUAUACACUUUGCUAUUAUGGUUGCUGAAAACAUGCAUGGCUGUGUUCUAUUCUCGAUUGACUGCCGGCUUAGUGAAUAUGCGAAUCCGAAUCCACAUCGCCUAUGUUUUGAUCGGCAUAACUUAUAUCGCCACGAUCUGUUCGAUUCUCUUCGGUUGUCACCCAAUCGACAAAAAUUGGCAAAUAUAUCCAGACCCUGGGAAUUACUGUCAGCCCGCCGUAUCCAAGAUUGACAUAUAUGUGACCGUGGUACUUAAUGUCGCGACCGACCUCUAUCUCAUUAGUAUUCCGGCGCCGAUGCUUUUCAAAGCCCGACUAAGAUGGCGGGAAAAGCUUGAGCUCCUUAUUCUUUUCAGCGGUGGCCUGUUCGUCAUGAUGGCUGGCAUUCUGCGCUGUGUUCUGAUCUUAACAGCUGGCGCAAACGGAGCUCAACAAGCCGGCAGCUGGGCCUGUCGCGAGACUUUCGUCGCGGUCAUAAUCGGCAAUAUCCCCAUGAUAUACCCAUUGAUAAGACGAUUCACAAAACGUGCUGGUCUAUACAUCUCAUCAAGGGGUGGCUCACAGAGCUAUCCUGGCUAUCCUCUAUCAGAUGCCGACACCGGCGGGUAUGCCAGACGCAAGAAGUUCCGCCAUCCGUUAUCGAUUCCCGGAGACACUCAGUGGAAUACAAUGAGUGACGAGCAAAUGAUCUUACCUACCUCACGACAGCAGCCGGCCACCUGCACUGCUGCCGACGGCGACUGGGAGUCUCACAGCCAGAGUAGCCAGACUGGAAUCAAGGUUGUUCAUGAAACAAUUAUUCACAGUGUCGAGAAGUCUUCUCGGUCAUAA